CCCUCGCGUAGAGCCGCCCUGAAGACAAGGGGCCCCCUCUUUGAAUGACAGCGCUUUGGGAAGGAAGACGAAUUUUUGUCUGAUUUCCCGCAGCCACAGCGUCGAUGAGAAGCAGUCGAGGAACUCCAUUCUAACUGAAUGGAUUGGUAUGGGGAGAAGCGGACCACAAAUCACGGCUAAGCGGCAGCUUUGGGACUGUGUAACGUUGACGAUGGUUUUACUUUCGCUGCUGUUUCGACCAGCUCACUGCCAGCAGUGUCGAAUCCAGCGCUGCAAUGCCGAGUAUGUGGCUUCUACCUCACCCUCUAGUGGUCUGCAGGAGGACGUGGCUCUGGAUGUGGACUACUGCAUCGCCUUGCGGGCCUACGCCCUGUGCACCCGGCGGCAGGCACGCAGUUGCAGGGGCGACCUGGUCUACCACUCGGCCGUCUUCCGCAUUAAGGAGUUAUUCUCACAGCACAACUGCUCCAGCGACGGGCCCACCUCCUCCGCCAAGGUCCCCAGCACGUCUCGGCCGGCCGUGUCGGAGCUGUGCGACUACGAGAAUCGGGUCCUCGUGUCGGGUGCAGGCGGUCAGCAGAAGAAAUAUGCCCACUGUGGAUUAUUCGGAGACCCGCACCUACGGACUUUCCGAGAUGAGUUUCAGACCUGCAAGGUGGAGGGGGCGUGGCCUCUGAUCGACAACCGCUUCCUGUCGGUGCAGGUGACCAACGUGCCUGUUGUACUAGGCUCCAGCGCCACGGCAACCAGCAAGAUCACAGUGAUCUUCAAGUCAUACCACGGCUGUACAGAUCAGAAGGUGUACCAGGCCACCACAGAAGAUCUGCCGCUGGCCUUUCAAGAUGGCACUCGCAGUGGCGGUGAGAGCGGCAGCCUGACCAUUGUUGAGCGCGGCGGCUCCGGGGUGGGCCGGCAGGUAAAGAUCCAUGCCCGUUACAUCGGCACUUCCAUCAUCGUCCGGCGCGUGGGUAGCUACCUGACCUUCGCCAUCCGCAUGCCAGAGGACACCCUGGACUUCUCGGAGGACAAUGGCGGCCUGCAGCUCUGCCUGCACGGUUGCCCGCGCAAUGAGCUUAUCAAAGAGCACACACUGAGCCGUCAGAGCCAGCAGCCCCGCCUGCAGGGCACCAACACAGAGCUGGGUCCUCUGCGGCCUCCUCACCAGGUCUACACAGUGGAGCGGGCCACGGCCAAGUGUAGAGAGACUCUGCAGGUGGAGGACGUGUACUUUCAGUCCUGUGUGUUUGACUUGCUGACCACAGGAGACCCUGAGUUCUCUAUGGCAGCGUAUGGCGCCCUGGAGGAUUUAAAGGCGCUGCCUCCCAGUAAACUGAAGCAGAACUCCCCGUGGACUCCUCGUCCUACUAACCGAGGGGUGUCACACACGGCAGCCAGUGGCUCCCUGCUCUCGCUCCUACUCCUCAUUGUGCUGCUUUUGUGAAAAAUAAAAUAAAUAUAAAUGAUUUUUGAAAAGAGAGGAGAGAAAGACAAACAGAACGUGGAAGCAUUGCCAGCUUGAGGAAAGAGUGACUAGAGCUCAGACAUAUGUAUUUGUAAUUUCUUUUUUUUUAUUUGUGAAUGUUGUGAUCUUUUUCUGUUUUUGUCAUUUGAAGGAUUCCCCUGCCAUAAUAGAUGGCAUGUCUUCCCACUUCACAUUUUCAUGGGUCACAUCAUUUCAAGAAAAGCCAUUGAUAGAUUAAAUCAUGUGGUUGAAGUACAACAUGCUCUCCAUUCUCACCUACAUACUGUCAGUUGGUCUACAGCAGACUUUAAAAAGGUUAACUCCAUUAGUAUGUGUGCUGACGUCAAGGCAGCUAAGCAGAAUUUAGUUGUUUUUUUUGUAAAUAUUAUGUUUUUACUGAGAAAAUGUACAACGUCCAAACACUCCACCGUGAAUGGAAACUGCAUACGUAACUCCAAUGUGGCUUCUAGAUCCUGUAUAAUCCAGUAAUAUCAAUAGCACUUAACAGUUUUAACAGCAAGUUUUGUGUAUUUAAAUGUUCCUCCUUUGUCUGCUUCAACUGUUGUUUCAGAAAUCGGUAUGCUAAAAUACACAGGAUCCAACAACUGUAUGUAAAAACUACCUAUCCAUAAUACAUGAUGUGUCAGUGUGAUUUUCAGCAGUUCUCAUCUUCUGUGAAACACUCCCUCUUCAAGCUGUUCAGCUUCCAGUUUUUUAAAGGUUAAAAAAAAAAAAGAAAAAAACACAAAUCUUUAUAUAAUAAUAUAUUAAGAGAGUGUAUAUAUGUGUUUUAUAUUGUGUACAUUUGCCUGUGUAUAGAUGUUUUAACUGUAAUAUGUUUUACAUUCGUUGUGUUUUAGUAGGUUAUUUUGAGACAUUGUAAGAAAAGUAAACUAAUACGUGUUGUGUUGGAUAUGUAAUUUUCUGUAUUAAAGUGUUGGACACUCCAGAAAAA